AUGCUUAUAUUGUUAGAGAUUGUGUGUCCUUUCAAUACAGUCAGACUAAAUUUCCAGGCUUAUUGUGAAAGUCAACACGGAAGUCUGGCCACAAUUGAAACUAAGGAGGAAAAUGACUUUUUAAAAUAUGUAGCUACAUUGAUACAAACAACAGAACAAGCUGCUCCUGAUCAUUGGUGGCUAGGUUUAACAGACAUUAAGACUGAAGGCACAUUUGAGUGGAUUUCGGGACAUCCAGUAACAUACACUGAUUGGUUUCAAGGAACACCCAGGCAACCAGAUAAUGUUGACUUAGGAGGAGGUACAACUGAUGUAGACUGUGCUUCAUUAUCUCCGUCUGCAUCAUUCCAAUGGUUUGAUGAGAAAUGCCCGGUUUCUACAUGCCAAGCAUUUUGUGAAAUUUGGUCAGUUUUUGUACAUAAUCCUAUACAACAAAUGACAUUUCUUACAUCCAUUUAA